AUGAGUAGGGAAAUAGAUGAAGAUGAAGAAUUGGUUGAAGAAGUUGCCGAUGACGAUUUUGAAAACUUCCAUGUCGAAUUUGGCAACAAACCCGAAGAGACGAUAAACUUAUUCUCAGAAUCAUCACAACCAUCUCAACGUAGUACACUAUCACAACCUCCAUCCCGAACCGAACCCUCACAACUUAGUUCACAGUCCCAACCUGAAUUAUUUGAUGAUUUAACCCAAAUUAGAGUUGAAACAAGUGCGUUGGAUAGUGUUAAUGAUUAUGCUGAUGAUGUUGAUAAAGUUGAGACAAUUGUGAGACCGGAGGUGAAAACUAAAAAGAGAGGAAGACCGAAGGUUAUUAAGGGCAAGUCUGCCCACCCUAGUGUUGUACGUAAAACACAAACCCAUACUAACCUUGUGGAUAAAAGAGUAACUGUUCAGGAGGGAGCAAAACCUCCAGUAAUGAACCCUGCGCAUAUAAUCUCAGAGUAUAAGAAACAGAAGCUCACGAGCGAGGAGGCGUUUGACGCACUCAUUCGAUACCGCAUCAACAGCAUGUUACCUCGACCAUCGGAAAAGAUGCAUUAUAACAAGGACGGUGAAAUUAGCAUUCCUAAGGGAUAUAAGUUCGGCAGGAGCCGCGAUUCUACUGGGAAACCCCUGAAACGCCAAGGCCUGACCCGUAUUGAGCGCGAAAUAAUGGCAUACCAAAAGAGCACACACAUGCUUAUCCCGAGAGCAAUUUUCGCUAGAAUCGUUAGAGAAAUCGCACAAAGCUGGUGGGCCGGUUCAGGACAAAUCAGGUUCACAGUAGAAGCUCUGGCAGCCCUCCAAGUGGCCACUGAAGAUGAAAUCACCAAACUACUUGAAAUCUCAACUGCCUGUUCACAUCAUGCCAAGAGGAUCACACUCAGAGUAGAUGACAUGAGGCUCGCAAGAUUCUGCAGGGGAAGACAAGAAUACGAAUUCUCAAAUAUAUUGCCCUGA